AUGGCUAAAACAUCUGAUUCGAGCACUUCCGAGGGCGUGAACUUUGCCAACGACGUUCAGCAUGCGGAAAAUGGAGACUCUAGUGCCUUUGAGAGGACCAGGUCUAGAGGAAGCAUCAUGCUAUCUCCGGAACUCUUUGAGAAGCUUUACUUGAAUCCGAAACCUCAAGUUGCUGGAAACCUUCGGAGUAUCAUUGGCAAUCCAACCCCUAUAGCCAUCACAGGAUUCGUCAUGGCCUUGACUCCUCUCUCUUUUUCCCUCAUGGGCUGGAGAGGAGCUGGCAACAAUGGAAUUGCUCAUAUUGGAGCAUACAUCUUCUUCGGAGGCAUUCUCUUGCUUGUUGGUGGAUUGCUAGAGUGUAUAAUCGGUAACACCUUCUCAUCCGUGGUGUUCAUGUCCUUUGCAUGCUUCUACCUCACCCUCGCCACGACCCUACAGCCCUUCUACAAUGCCUACGCAGCCUAUUCACCAAACCCUGAUGAUCCCACUGCAGGACUCACAUCGGAGGGUUUCAAUGCCAGCUUUGGAUUUUUCAUAGUUUGUUUCAAUCUUCUAUGCUUCUUUUACUUGAUCUGCUCCUUCCGGACCAAUUUUGUCCUUGUCUAUAUCCUUUUCACCGUGGUUAUUGGAGUUGGCCUCAUCAAUGCUGCCUACUGGUACUUGGCUAUGCAGGAGACAGUACUUGCUGGGAAGUUCCAAAUAGGCGGAGGAGCUGUGCUAUUCGCAGCAUGCCUCGGUGGAUGGUAUUUACUCUUUUCUUUGUUGCUUGAAUCCGUCGAUUUCCCUCUGCGGCUUCCCGUGGGUGAUCUCUCUAGCCAUGUCCCGGGACUAUCGCAACUUCAGAAGAAGUCGGAUUGA